AGGAAAGUCCAGCCAACCCGCGGACGGAGGCGUGGCGGUCCGGUUGGGAAUAUGAGCACCGGGAGGCUCCGAAGUCUCUCCAAGAGCCCGAGCUGACUUGAACUUUGUUUUCCCCGCAGAGCAGCUGAAAAGCCUUCCAGUUUGAGGCACUGGCAGAAAGCGGGCUGAACACAAAGCAGCCAGGAUGUCCCAGCAGGCAGUGAACGGGGUGUCGUGUCGGGGGAAGGUGCUGACCGUGGAGAACAUGAACCCCAACGUGAAGCGGGUGGAGUACGCGGUCCGCGGCCCCAUCGUCCAGCGGGCGGUGCAGAUAGAGAAGGAGCUCCGAGAGGGUGUGAAGAAACCUUUCACAGAAGUCAUCAAGGCUAACAUAGGCGAUGCCCAAGCUAUGGGUCAGAGACCAAUCACAUUUUUCAGAGAGGUGUUGGCUCUUUGUUCUUACCCGGAGCUUUUGGAAGACAACAAGUUUCCAGAGGACGCCAAGAAGAGAGCUCGGCGUAUUCUCGACGCCUGCGGGGGUCACAGUAUAGGGGCCUACAGCGCCAGCCAGGGAAUCGAGUGCAUUCGGCAGGAUGUGGCACGUUACAUCGAGAGGAGAGACAGCGGCAUCCCCUCCAAUCCCGACAACAUCUACCUCUCCACCGGGGCUAGCGAUGCUAUUGUGACCAUUCUGAAGUUGCUGGUGUGCGGCGAGGGUCGAGACCGCACCGGGGUGAUGAUCUCAAUCCCUCAGUACCCUCUGUACUCGGCCGCUCUGGCGGACCUGGCCGCUGUGCAGAUCAACUACUAUCUGGACGAGGACAACUGUUGGAGUCUGAACGUGGCAGAGCUCAAGAGAGCGCUAAAUGAAGCCAAGCAGCACUGCAAGCCCCGCGUGCUCUGCAUCAUCAACCCCGGGAACCCCACAGGUCAAGUGCAGAGCAGACAGUGUAUUGAGGAUGUGAUCCAAUUCGCUAAAGAGGAACAUCUCUUCCUCAUGGCCGAUGAGGUCUACCAGGAUAACGUGUACGCCGAGGGCUGCAAGUUUCACUCCUUCAAAAAGGUUCUGUUUGAGAUGGGACCGGAGUAUUCCAGCACUGUGGAGAUGGCCUCCUUCCACUCCACCUCUAAGUGCUACAUGGGAGAGUGUGGGUUCCGUGGCGGCUACAUGGAGGUGAUCAACAUGGACCCGGAGGUGAAGGCCCAGCUCACCAAACUGGUGUCAGUGCGUCUGUGCCCCCCCGUUCCGGGACAGGCCCUCCUGGACCUGGUGGUGAACCCCCCACAGCCCGAUGAACCGUCCUACACUUCGUUUACGAAGGAGCGGACAGCAGUGCUGGCCGCGCUGGCAGAGAAGGCCAGGCUGACGGAGGAGAUCUUCAACAAAGUACCAGGGAUCACCUGCAAUCCGGUGCAGGGCGCCAUGUACACCUUCCCCCGCAUCACUCUCCCACAGAAAGCCAUCGACAAGGCCAAGGCGGAAGGCAAAGUCCCGGACAUGUUUUACUGUAUGAAGCUGCUGGAGGAGGAGGGAAUCUGCUUGGUGCCAGGAAGUGGGUUCGGUCAGAAAGAUGGAACCUUCCACUUCAGGAUGACCAUCUUACCUCCUACCGAGAAGCUGAAGGUGGUGCUGCAGAAGAUCCGUGACUUCCACUUGCGAUUUACCAACGAGUUUUCCUAACGUUCCCCCCUCACCUUUUCCGCUGCUGUUCAUGAACCAACGCAUCAAGUGCCAGUAUCUCAAGUGCCUUUGAGUGAAUGAGGCAGCAGCUCUACAGUACCCGCCCAGAACCUCAAAAACCUUUGAUGUUUUGUUAAACAGAGACUUUUUUAUGAACACCAUAUGAAGAUGUUUUAAACAUCUGUACAUGAAGCACUUUUUAGCACCACACAGCCAGAACUAUCUGGAUUAUGUUUGAUCUUUGAGCCAUAGUUACAGAAGCAUCCCCCCCCCCAACCCUCCCCUGGAAAAUGUUUUGAUGCUUAAUGAUUAUGUCUUAAUUUAAUAUGUUAGGUGAAUACAGGAUUAACAUGAAGCUCCAUAAUCAAGAUCAGGGUACAGUCUGAGUGUUUUUAAGCUAGUUUCAAGAUGCAGCCAUUUGUGAUGAUGUUUAAAACUGUGAUUUUUAAAAUGUGAUUCUUUCCUGAGCUGUAUGCACUUCCAGUCUCUUCAUUUAAAAUUUCUACAAAAACAA